AAUUACAAAAAAUAAACAGCGAAAAAAAAACGGCAGCAGAGGCGAUAUUUUUUAAGUGCAAGCAGCUGAUCGUGUUUUUAUUUUUAUUUUAAAUUUGCAUUUGGAAGAGAAUUUGAAUAAAAUCUAAUUAAAUUGAAACGCAAUUCUGUCGCUUCUUCAAAGAAAUUCCUAACACAAAAGACGCGAACAUGGCUCAUCACAACGCGAAUCGCUUGAGUUCGGAUAUUUCCAGACGUAAUCCACAAGACGAGUACGAGCUCCUACAAAAAAUUGGCUCGGGCACUUAUGGUGAUGUUUAUAAGGCGAAACGCAUACAGAGCAACGAAUUAGCUGCCAUAAAACUCAUCAAAUUAGAACCCACCGAUGACAUACAGAUUAUCGAACAGGAAAUCAUAAUGAUGCGGGAUUGUCGGCAUCCAAAUAUAAUUGCCUACUAUGGUUCUUACUUAAGGCGAGAUCAACUGUGGAUUUGUAUGGAAUAUUGUGGUGGAGGCAGUCUACAGGAUAUUUAUCAAGUGACUGGUCCCUUGACUGAGCAACAAAUCGCCUAUAUGUGCCGUGAAACGUUGAAAGGACUUGAGUACUUGCAUUCUAGGGGUAAAAUGCAUCGUGAUAUUAAGGGCGCAAAUAUAUUAUUAACUGAAAAUGGUGAUGUCAAAUUGGCCGACUUCGGUGUGUCAGCACAAAUAACAGCAACAAUUAAUAAACGCAAAAGUUUUAUUGGUACACCUUAUUGGAUGGCACCGGAAGUGGCAGCAGUCGAACGAAAGGGUGGCUAUAAUCAAUUAUGUGAUAUAUGGGCUUGCGGCAUUACAGCAAUUGAACUUGCUGAACUGCAACCGCCAAUGUUUGAUUUACAUCCCAUGCGUGCUUUGUUCCUGAUGUCCAAAAGUGGUUUCAAACCACCGACGCUAUCUAACAAAGAGAAAUGGAGUCCAACAUUUCAUAAUUUCAUAAAAACGGCUUUAACAAAAAAUCCUAAAAAACGUCCAACCGCCGAACGUUUGCUACAGCAUCCAUUUGUGCAGGGUGAGAUGUCAGUGCGUGUGGCAAAGGAGCUGUUACAGAAGUAUUUAAAUCCCAGCCAGCAAUUUUAUUACCUUUUGGAUGGUGAAGACGAGAAUGUCGCCAGUGUACCACAACGAAUAGCGAGUAAAAUGACAUCAAGGCCAAAUGGUAUAUCGCCACAGAAUCACACUUUAAGAACAGGUAUGACAACCACACCAUGGAAUGAGCGUUCAUCUAGUCCAGAAACUUUACCUAGUGACAUGAGCCUUUUACAAUAUAUUGAUGAGGAGCUAAAGCUCAGAGCGACUUUGCCAUUAACCGAUACCAAAGAUUUACUUAGCACUGAGUGCAAUUGUGCACACAAUGGCGGGGUUGGCGCCACCAAUAUAAAUGCCAACAAUGGUCACAAUAACUUAAACCACAACAAUAGCAACAAUGCUUCAACAUCUGCAAUGAUGCUCACAUCGUCAAUGUCCUCCACAUCAAUGUCAUUUUCCACAUCAUCCUAUGCAACUGCAGCUGGCACAUCAGCUUCAACUGCUUCCAUACCAGUAACGAGUAAUGGUGGCUCACACUUUAACAACGGCAAAUCAAAUUUACGCACCACUGCAGUUGAUGCGAUCGACAACAAUUCCACACACCACCACUCACACUAUUUCCGUCACAGCAAUAAUCUUAAUACGUCUAUGUCACCAUUAGCUUUAGCAUCGUCUUCCCAUUCCACAUCAUCCAUGUAUGCUAGUUCGUCAGAUACUUAUUCACCCUACUCGUCGACAACGACAUCAACUACAAAUGGACUUUAUAAUCCACAUGACAACUCCUGUUCGGACAGUCGCGGUGGUGGUGGUGGUGGUGGUGGUGGCGGUAGUAGUAUUAGUAUUAGCAAUUAUAGCCUUGGACUUGAUAUAUACUCACCCACCUCUCCAUUAUCUGCUGCCUCAAUGGCUGCUAGUGUUAUGCAUUCCUCUUCAUCCUCAUCUGCUCAUUUAUUUAAUAAUUUAUUAUUGCGUAAUAAUGGCGCCAAUUAUUUAAAUAGCAACGAUGAUGCAACAACAGCAACAGAAGUCACUUCGGGCGCGGGUGCAGGUACAGGCAGAAGUAGCAAUAAUGGCAGCAGCAGCAAUAACAGCCAUAACAACUGUGAUUUUAGACAUGAAAAUAAUCAGAAUGGUUUGGAAGAUUCUCCUCGACGACACAGUUCAAUGGAUCAUUUGAUGGGACUAUUAAAUGAAAUGGGAAAAUCACCAAGAACAAGAAGCCUAAGUGAUAGUGGAACACAAGACGAUGAUGAAGUUGAAAAAGAAGCACAACCUGAUUUGCUGAAUAAUACGCCUCCGGUGCCUCCCAAACGUUCACAUCGUCGUCGACACACCCCACCUCGACCUAUUUCAAAUGGUUUGCCGCCUACACCAAAAGUGCUUAUGGGCGCUUGUUUCUCAAAAAUUUUCAAUUGUUGUCCUUUGCGCGUACACUGUACUGCGUCUUGGAUACAUCCCGAUACACGAGAUCAACACUUACUUAUUGGCGCAGAAGAGGGUAUAUUUAAUUUAAAUAUGAAUGAAUUACAUGAUGCGGCCAUAGAUCAACUAUUCCCACGACGUACUACUUGGUUAUAUGUGAUUAAAGAUGUGCUCAUGAGUUUGUCAGGCAAAUCCUGUCAACUGUAUCGCCAUGACUUGAUAGCGUUGCAUUCCAAACAAACCCAUCGGUUUUCGUUGCAUAUGAAUAAAAUUCCUGAAAGACUGGUACCUCGGAAAUUUGCGCUCACAACCAAAGUUCCCGAUACAAAAGGAUGUACGCAAUGUUGUGUAACACGCAAUCCCUAUAAUGGCUACAAAUAUUUAUGUGGUGCAACACCCAAUGGCAUAUUCUUAAUGCAAUGGUAUGAUCCACUGAAUAAGUUCAUGCUCUUAAAACAGUGUGAGUGGCCAGCGACAAGUAUUUUGGGUGGUGGUCACGGCUGUGUGCUGAAUGGACAAACACCUGUUUUUGAGAUGAUUAUCACACCAGAGUUGGAAUAUCCCAUUGUGUGCACGGGUGUGCGUAAAGCUCUUAAUGGUUGUCUUAAAUUGGAAUUGAUCAACAUGAAUAGUGGUGCCAGUUGGUUCCAUGCUGAUGAUUUGGAAUAUGAUGUUACGGCAACAAUGGUGCCACGUCGAGACUUACUAAAAGUGGUGAAAGUACAUCAAGUUGAGAAAGAUGCAAUACUUGUUUGUUAUGCUAACGUCAUUCAAGUGGUAACACUUCAAGGUAAUCCUAAACAGCAUAAAAAGAUGGUUUCGCAAUUGAAUUUCGAUUUCAAUGUUGAUAGCAUAGUUUGUUUACCCGAUAGCGUUUUGGCAUUCCAUAAGCACGGCAUGCAGGGCAAGUCGCUGCGCAAUGGUGAAGUAACACAAGAAAUAAAAGAUAUGAGCCGCACAUAUCGAUUACUUGGAAGUGAUAAAGUGGUUGCUUUGGAAAGUCAACUAUUACGUACUGGAUCAUUAGGCAGUGACGAUGGUCAUGAUCUCUAUAUAUUGGCUGGUCAUGAGGCGAGCUACUAAGGUUGAGAACCGCAACAAAUUUAAAAACUAUAUAUUUAAAAAUACUUAGAAAAAAUUAAGUAAAAUAUAAAAUAAAUAAAUAAAAAGUAAAUUUAAAUUAACAUGAAUGUGAUUAAUGAACGAUCUUUUCGGAUCAUUUGUACUAUAUUGUUUAUACA